AUCCCUAUAAAUAUAAUCCAAUUCUCCCCUUUCCUUCUCAUCCAUAGUUCAACAUCUAAACAUACAAAACAUUAGUGUUUAUUUCUUAACAAUGGCUUUCAACAAACUUAGUGCACUCACUAUAUUGCUUUCUCUUCUUUCUUGUUCCAUAUUUUCACAUGCUUGUGAAUCAUGCAAUCCAAAACCUAAGCCUAGUCCUCCACCACCUUCCAAAAAUUCCUCGCCUUGUCCUCCACCACCUUCAACAACACCUAAGGCCACUCCUCCUCAUACUCCAUCAACAACACAUCCUCCUCCUACCCCAUCAACAACACCUAAGGCCAGUCCUCCUCCUCCUACCCCAUCAACAACACCUACCACUAGUACUCCACCUCCAUCAACAACAACCCCUACGGCUAGUCCUCCUACUCCUUCAACAUCACAAAAAUGUCCUAAGGACACAUUAAAGCUAGGUGUUUGUGCUAAUCUUCUUGGACUUGUUAAUGUUGUUGUCGGAAGUCCUGCUUCAAGCAAGUGUUGUGCAUUGAUUCAAGGUUUGGCUGAUUUGGAUGCAGCAAUUUGUCUUUGUACUGCUAUUAAGGCUAACGUUCUUGGUAUCAACUUGAAUGUUCCUGUCACACUCAGUCUCUUACUCAGUGCUUGUCAAAAAUCCAUUCCCUCUGGUUUCCAAUGUUCAUAGAAUUUCACGUUAUAAGUUAAAGCCAAACAAAUACUUAUGCUGCUUCUAUUUUCACUGUUGUUUCUAUUUUUGUUAUUGUUUAUGAUAAUAAUUGGAACCACUAUGAAUUUAACAAAAUCACGGUAACACUGUGAUUCUGCUAAAUUAUCAUCAAUCCAAAUGUAUUGUAUGUCAUUUCAAUAAUGGGGUAAGCAUGUUUCCUUAUUUACCAACUUUGUUCUUUUUAAUUUUAAUAUAUAUGGAGAAUUUUGAUUAAUUUGU